GAUUUAUAUAUAUGAUGAUUAUUUUUUCAUAAAAGGACGAUAGUUUUCUUCUUGCUCUUCUAAUAGUCUUCUAUUAUGGCUCAAACAGCAGGUCAAUUACUAGGUCAAGCCGUUCCAGUUUGUCAAUGGAUCCCGCAAAAUACACUUAAUACAACUUCAACAAUACCUGCUUACCCACGGUUUCCAAACAACGUGAGGGAAUGGACCGGAUUCUUUCGAGCUGUCAGACGUGCUCCCUUUCCAGGAGGACCAUUCCCCACUGGUUUCACAAGCGCAGUACCUCUCAGAGUCGAAGGCGAUGCAAAAACUCGUUUACGAGAUAAUGUUUUAGCGCCUGUCGAAGCAUUAUUAAUACCACAAGGAGCAUUUGUUGAUACACCUGCCGGAUUCUUGGGUGCUUCUGACCAUGUUUUAUGCACUAAUAAUUACACAGUGGCCAAGAUGCCGGUGGAAAUGAAAACGCGUCACAAUCUUGAUUUACGCGGUUAUAAUUUCUGGCAAAUUUAUCGAUAUAACGCCCGGCGUGGAAUAAUGAAUCCAAGAUUUGGAGACCAAAGAUUCGAUCCAAAUUUUAGAUUCAAGAAACGUAUCCUAUCGCAGAUAUUUGGUGAAAUGGCCUGUAAUGGCCUCCAUUAUGGAAUUUUAUCAAAUUAUAGCGAUACAUAUUUUCUCAAGCGAGAAGAAACAAAUCCAACCACCCUUUAUAUUUCCCGUGUUGUUCAACCCACUGAUACUAAUCCGACUUUACGCGAAUGCGUUUACUAUAUCAGCCAACUUGCAAUUAAUGAUAAUGUUGGUAAUAGAUUGGGACAUGUAGUUCUUGACAGUUAUUCAUCUAAUGAUGAUGAUGAUGAUGAUGACUCUAGUUACGAUGAUAAAAGCAGUAGUAAACCAAUUGCGAGUUCAUCCAAGGGAAUCACUACUGUAGAUAAGUACAUAGGUGGCGGAUCAUUUGGAAAAGUUUUUUCUGGAUAUUAUGAUAAUCAAGAUGUAGCAUGGAAGACUUGUGAUGCAUAUAAGAAGCAAGAGGAGAUGAAAACGCUAAAGCAUGAAGCUCAUAUAUAUUCCAUUUUAAAAGAAUGUCAAGGUCGUGAUAUUCCACGUUUGUUCUACAACGGUUACAUUUAUGACGGAUAUCUUUUUGCAUUAGCAUUACAAUUAAUUGAGAGCGCCCAUCACGUUGAUCCGGAAAGACUCACUAAAGAGGAAAAAAAGUUAAUAGUCAAUCAGUUAAAGUCAAUACAUAAUUGUGGCGUACUACACAAUGAUAUCUCAGAGAAAAAUAUUCUAUAUGAACCAAAGAGUCGCCAUUACUUUUUCAUUGAUUUUGGCUUUAGUGAGGUCGUGGGUAGUGAGUCGCCGAAAUUGCGCCAGGAAGAAAGAAGAUUAAAAAAAUUUUUAAAACUUUAAAUAUUUGGACGCAUAGGACUAUACCGCAUUAUCACACUAGAUGAAGAAUAAUUAUUAUUAUUGCAAGCUACAAUGUAUAUAUUACUUUCAUUUUAAAUCAUAAAAUGUAAUAAAUCAUAAAAUAAAUCAUAUAUUUUGCACAACUUAUUUCCCAAUACAUAUUUAUUAAAUAGGGAU